AUGAAGAUUAGGCUGUGGGGAAGGUCACACGGUUUCAUACAUUUCGCUACGUUCCAAAGUGUCACGAUCCGCAGCGCGCCCGUCGACGCUGCUCUGCUCGAGUCCGCCGUGGCUCGUCCUGCCGCCUCUUCCCAGCGGAGUGUGCGGUUAAAUGGACUCAAGACCUUCCGUGGAGGACAUCUGGGUCAAAGCUUCGCCGCAACAACUCAAAGCGCACCUAUCGAUCGGCUUCAAUCCAAGCAGAGGAUCCAUGGCCGCUCCGCAGUGCGCGCCGCCGUCGCCGUUGAGGCUCCUGAUGACUCAGCUCUGGUAACCCGCUCAGACAUUCGCAACAUCGCCAUCAUCGCGCACGUCGACCACGGCAAGACGACGCUCGUCGACGCCAUGCUCAGACAAGCCAAGGUGUUCCGCGACAACCAGCAGAUGCAAGAGCGCAUCAUGGACAGCAACGACCUGGAGCGCGAGCGAGGCAUCACGAUUCUGAGCAAGAACACGGCCAUCCGGUUUCGCGGCACCAAGAUCAACAUCAUCGACACGCCCGGCCACUCCGACUUCGGCGGCGAGGUGGAGCGCGUGCUCAACAUGGUCGAUGGCGUGCUGCUGCUGGUGGACUCGGUCGAAGGUCCCAUGCCGCAGACGCGGUUCGUGCUGAAGAAGGCGUUGGAGCUGGGGCACCGCGUGGUGGUGGUGGUGAACAAGGUGGACCGCCCAGCGGCGCGCGUGCAGCACGUCAUCAACGCCACCUUCGAGCUCUUCUGCGAGCUCGAAGCCACGGACGAGCAGUGCGACUUCACAACCGUCUACGCCAGCGGGAUUCAAGGGAAGGCUGGUAUGGAGCCCGAUGCGCUUGCUGAUGAUCUCGAGCCGCUGUUUGAAUCGAUUAUCAAGUGCGUUCCGGGCCCGAAGGUCCAGCCGAACGCGGCGCUGCAGAUGCUGGUGACGAAUCUGGAUUAUGACGAGCAUAAGGGGAGGAUUGCGAUUGGCCGCGUGCACGCGGGGAAGCUCGCGCGCGGGCAGGUGGCGAAGAUUUGUACUCCCGAUGGCGCCUGCCGCGUGGCGAAGGUCGUGGAGCUGUUCGUGUACGACAAUUUCGCGCGCGUCCCCGUUGAUGACGUGGAGGCGGGAGAUAUCUGCGCGUUGUCCGGCCUGCCGGACGUGCAGAUUGGCGAGACGAUCGCGGACCGCGACGGCGACGCGCUGCCGACGAUCUCGGUGGAGGAACCGACGGUCAAGAUGAGCUUCUCCGUGAACGUGUCGCCGUUCGCGGGGCGCGAGGGGAAAUUCGUGACCUCGCGGAACCUGAGGGACCGGCUGAUGCGGGAGCUGGAGAGAAAUCUGGCGAUGAAGGUGGAGGACGGGGAGAGCGCUGAUACGUUCCUGGUCAGCGGUCGUGGUACCCUGCACAUCACCAUCCUCAUUGAAAACAUGCGGAGGGAGGGGUACGAGUUCAUGGUUGGGCCACCACGGGUCAUCAACAAAGUGGAAAACGGCAAGACGCUAGAGCCGUAUGAGGAAGCGGUGGUGGAGGUACCAGAGGAGUAUGUGGGGGCUGUGGUGGACAUGCUCGGUACACGCAAGGGGCAAAUGCUCGACCUGCAGGCCUCCAGUUCCGGGACCACAGUGGUGAAGUACCGUGUACCAACCCGUGGCCUGCUGGGGCUGCGCAAUGCCAUGCUGACUGCCACGCGAGGCACGGCCGUCAUCAACACCAUCUUUGACAGCUAUGGCGAGUGGGCAGGCGACAUGAGCACUCGCGAGCAGGGCUCCCUGGUAUCCUUCGACACGGGCCCAACCACGUCGUAUGCGCUCUUCAGCUGUCAGGAGAGGGGGCAGCUGCUGCUGGGGCCGGGAGUGGAGGUGUACAAGGGGCAGAUCAUCGGCCUCCACCAGAGGCCCGGGGACCUGGACUUGAAUGCGUGCAAGAGGAAAGCUGCCACCAACGUGCGAUCCAACAAGGAUGCCACAGUGGUGUUGGCGGCGCCCCUUGAGUUCAGCUUGGAUGACUUUGUGGAGGGCAGGCUUGAACCGCCAUGGACGCUUGGCCUGGAGCAGGCGACAUCAGAGCGACUCGGAGGAGGCGAAAUCGCGUCCUACUCGUUCGGCGUCCUCAAGGAGGCAGCUGACGUGGCGGUGGAGAGACUUGUGAUUCGCCAGUGCGGAUUGCUGCUACCUCGAGUGUCUAUUGGUUCUCCGUCCCUGCUGUUCAUUCAGCAAGGGUCUGGUGUGGUGGAGCUGAUAGAUGACAACGGCCAGGCACCUUCUGACGUGUCACCAAUCACUGUGAACCACGGUGAUGCGGUGGUGGUUCCCAAGGGGUGGACGUACAGCAUCGGGAACUACCUCAACCAAUCGCCAGAGCUCAUUAUCACAGCCGUCCGAUUCAACCAUCACAAGCAGAAAUCGUACCUUGCAGGCAGCAACCCCCACUCGGUGUUGUCUGGCUUCAGUCUGCACAUGCUGGAGACGGCAUUCAACCAGCAGCACGAUGUGGUCAGAGCGCUGCUUGACCAGGCCACCGGGGGAGGGAUCAUCGUGUCCCGCUGCGUACCACCCUCGCCUCCUGAGCCUCCCGAGCCUGCUGCACAGGAGGAUGCGGCAGAGGAGGAUGGGUCAGAGGAGGAUGGGUCCGAGCGUGAUGUGUCAGGGCUGGAUGUUUCAGGGGAUUUGGAGGAGUUAGGAACGGACUUCAAGGCGCUCAGGCACGCAGGCAUUCAGGGCGAAAUUGUGCUGCUCACCCUCUACCCGCAUGCGGUGGUUGCUCCGCACAUCCACGGCAAUGCAGCAGUGGUCUUCACGGUUCUCAAGGGUUCAGGCCACUUUGAGUCGGUGCUCCCCAAUGGCACCACCGCCGCCAGCGAUGCCGUUCAGGCAGGCCACGUGGGGGUGGUUCCCAUGGGGUGUGCCCAUGCUCUGCAGGCGGGAGAGCAGGGCGUGAAGAUUCUCGGCAUUCGAAUUGGUUCUUAUCAUCCAUCCAUCAAAUUUCUUGCAGGGAGCAUGAGUGUGUACAAUGCAAUGAGGCCGGCACUUGGAGUUCCCAAGAACGCGUCGAAGCAAGACAUCAAGAGCGCGUACCGACGACUCGCUCGGCAGUUCCAUCCCGAUGUCAACAAGGAUCCCGGUGCGGAGGACAAGUUCAAGGAGAUUAGUACCGCGUACGAGGUUCUUUCGGACGAUGAGAAGCGGCCACUAUACGACCGGUUUGGGGAGGCGGGCGUGUCUGGUUCUGGUGGCAUGGGAGGAGCGGGAGCCUACACGUCGAACCCGUUCGACCUGUUCGAGUCCAUAUUCGGGCCGGGUAUGGGCGCGGCCGCGAGGGGAGGCAUGGGCGGAAUGGGCGGAAUGGGCGGCAUGGGCGGCGCUGGGCCGCGGACGCGACAACCUGUUCCUGGCGACGAUGUCAAAAUGGAGAUGCCGUUGGAGUUCCGCGAGGUGAUAUUCGGCGCGGAAAAGACCAUCAACGUGGCGCACCUGGACGGCUGCAACGAGUGUGGGGGCUCGGGCGCCAAGGCAGGCACGUCCCCCCGCACGUGCCCCACGUGCCGGGGCAUGGGGCAGGUCAUGCAGACAAGGCAGACAGCUUUUGGGAUGUUCUCCUCGGUGUCCACGUGCUCGACGUGUAUGGGAGUGGGGGAGGUGAUAUCUGAGUUCUGCCGCAAGUGUGGGGGCGAGGGGCGGGUGCGGACGCGCAAGCCAGUGGUGAUCAACGUGCCGGCAGGGGUGGACUCGGGCACGGUGCUUCGAGUUAAAGGGGAGGGCGACGCUGGCAUGCGCGGGGGCAAGCGGGGCGACCUGUAUGUAUUUGUGAAGGUGAAGGAGACGAUGGGCAUUCGCAGGGACGGCAUCAACCUCUACUCCAAUGUCAGCAUCGACUACACUGAUGCCAUUCUGGGCACUGUGGCUAAGGUGGCCACGGUGGAUGGGGCAGCGGAGCUGAGAGUGCCAGCAGGCACGCAGCCAGGCGACACACUGGUGUUGGAGCGCAAGGGCGUGCCCAAGGUGGGCAAGAGCAACAUUCGCGGAGACCACUUCUUCCAAGUCAACGUCUCCAUCCCUAAACGAGUCAGUCCCACGGAGCGGGACCUGGUAGAGGAGCUGGCGUCGAUUCACAAGACGGGCAAGACGCGCACCGGCAUCACUGUGGAGGGCGCCAGGCCUCGGGGUUCCUCAUCCAGUUCGGGCAUGGAUGGGGAGGGCAUCGUCGACACUGUCAAGAAUGUUGUUUCGGGCAUCAAAAACUUCUUCAGCAAGUGA